GCAGGGCGCUACAGGGCUCAGUGACGCUGCGGCCGCCUUCUGCCUAGGUCCGAGCGCUCCGGGGCCGGGGUGCGGUCGUGCAAUAGGAAGCCGUUGCCCGCUUCCCGUCAAGCACCAGCCACCCGGCCCUGCACCCUACUUGGUGCAUUCUCCAGACACCUCCGGGGUCCCCCACCUGAGUCCUCCGGAGCCCCCUUUCCGCGUCGGUCAUGCCUCUAAACCGCACUUUGUCUAUGUCCUCGCUGCCAGGACUGGAGGAGUGGGAGGAUGAGUUCGACCUGGAGAAUACUGUGCUCUUCGAGGUGGCCUGGGAGGUAGCCAACAAGGUGGGCGGCAUCUACACGGUGCUACAGACAAAGGCGAAGGUGACUGGGGACGAGUGGGGUGACAACUACUACCUGGUGGGACCAUACACGGAGCAGGGCGUGAGGACCCAGGUGGAACUGCUCGAGCCCCCCACCCCGGCCCUGAAGAGGACGCUGGACUCCAUGAACAGCAAGGGCUGCAAGGUGUAUUUCGGACGGUGGCUGAUCGAGGGGGGCCCCCUGGUGGUGCUGCUGGAUGUGGGAGCCUCGGCCUGGGCCCUGGAGCGCUGGAAGGGAGAGCUCUGGGAUACCUGCAAUAUCGGGGUGCCCUGGUACGACCGUGAGGCCAACGACGCCGUCCUCUUUGGCUUCCUCACCACCUGGUUCCUGGGUGAGUUCCUGGCCCAGAGCGAGGAGAAGCCACACGUGGUCGCGCACUUCCACGAGUGGCUGGCGGGCGUCGGGCUCUGCCUGUGCCGGGCGCGCCGACUGCCGGUGGCGACCAUCUUCACAACCCACGCCACGCUGCUGGGGCGCUACCUGUGUGCCGGUGCCGUGGACUUCUACAACAACCUGGAGAACUUCAACGUGGACAAGGAAGCGGGUGAGAGGCAGAUCUAUCACCGCUACUGCAUGGAGCGGGCCGCGGCCCACUGUGCCCACGUCUUCACCACAGUGUCGCAGAUCACCGCCAUCGAGGCUCAGCACCUGCUCAAGAGGAAGCCAGAUAUCGUGACGCCCAAUGGGCUGAAUGUGAAGAAGUUCUCUGCCAUGCACGAGUUCCAGAACCUCCAUGCUCAGAGCAAGGCCCGGAUCCAGGAGUUUGUGCGGGGCCAUUUUUAUGGGCAUCUGGACUUCAACCUGGACAAGACCCUGUACUUCUUCAUCGCGGGCCGCUAUGAGUUCUCCAACAAAGGUGCCGACGUCUUCCUGGAGGCCUUGGCCCGGCUCAACUAUCUGCUUAGAGUGAACGGCAGCGAGCAGACGGUGGUUGCCUUCUUCAUCAUGCCAGCUCGGACCAACAAUUUCAACGUGGAGACCCUCAAGGGCCAGGCCGUGCGCAAGCAGCUCUGGGACACAGCCAACACAGUGAAGGAGAAGUUCGGGAGGAAGCUGUACGAGUCCCUACUGGUGGGGAGCCUCCCGGACAUGAACAAGAUGCUGGACAAGGAGGACUUCACCAUGAUGAAGAGAGCCAUCUUUGCCACACAGCGGCAGUCCUUCCCUCCCGUGUGCACCCACAACAUGCUGGACGACUCCUCAGACCCCAUCCUGACCACCAUCCGCCGGAUCGGACUCUUCAACAGCAGUGCCGACAGGGUGAAGGUGAUUUUCCACCCGGAGUUCCUGUCCUCCACGAGCCCCCUGCUCCCAGUGGACUAUGAGGAGUUCGUCCGUGGCUGCCACCUCGGGGUCUUCCCCUCCUACUAUGAGCCUUGGGGCUACACUCCAGCUGAGUGCACCGUCAUGGGCAUCCCCAGCAUCUCCACCAACCUCUCUGGCUUCGGAUGCUUCAUGGAGGAACACAUCGCAGACCCCUCAGCUUACGGCAUCUACAUACUGGACCGGCGGUUCCGCAGCCUGGACGAUUCAUGCUCGCAGCUCACCUCCUUCCUCUAUAGCUUCUGCCAGCAGAGCCGGCGGCAGCGGAUCAUCCAGAGGAACCGCACGGAGCGCCUCUCUGACCUUCUGGACUGGAAAUACCUAGGUCGGUACUAUAUGUCGGCGCGCCACAUGGCACUGGCCAAGGCCUUUCCAGAUUACUUCACCUAUGAGCCCCACGAGUCUGAUGCGGCCCAGGGCUACCGCUACCCACGGCCAGCCUCAGUACCACCAUCGCCCUCGCUGUCCCGACCCCCGGGAUGGGCUGCCUGAUGAAGAGCGUUAUGAUGAGGAUGAGGAGGCCGCCAAGGACCGGCGCAACAUCCGCGCCCCUGAGUGGCCGCGCCGAGCCUCCUAUGCCUCUUCGACCGCUGGAAGCAAGCGCAACUCGGUGGACACAGCGCCUUCCAGCUCGCUCAGCACCCCCAGUGAGCCCCUCAGCCCUGCCAGCUCCCUGGGCGAGGAGCGCAACUAAUUCCCCCACCCAAUCCUCCCUGCCUGUCCCGCCUCCCUCCUCCAGAGGGUGGGUGGGGAAAAGCGCUGCUCCCAAACCCUACCUGGGUCCGGAGAGCGAUCCACGAUCCACGCACUGUGUGGCUCACAACCUAGCCCCCUCUGUACACUCCGGCCCCUCUGACUCCGCCUCGGAGUCUGCACACUCCAGACUCCACAUCGCUGUGCCUUUCUUGGGUUCCAGAAGGCAGAAUCUGCCCUGGAGUCCCUCAGGCCUGGGCUGGGUCCCAAAGGCCAAGAAUCUGCUGUUCCUCCGUGGAGGUUUUAGGAAAUUUGGCCUGUUGCUUUCGAGGCUGGGGCUCCCAGAGCCCUUUGCAGCUUGCGGAUUCAGCAGCACACUAAGCAGGCCACCUCCAGGCCGGCUCUGGGGCCACCAAGUGCUGGAAACAACAUGGUAUCCUUGCCAAUGGGACAAUGAAGCCGUCGGGCACUUUCAGGGUUAGGAUAACAAAAUGCAGGUGGUCCUCCAUUUCAACUCCAGACGGGCUACAGAACAGACUCCUGGUCUAGCCCUCCCUGG